AUGACUCCAUUAGCACUCUUGUCACUUGCAUCCCUGGCGGCUGCAUUGUCGUUACCAUUCAGUCUUGGCAUCGAUACUAAGCAAACAAAUAUCAGACACCUCGACUACAACGUGCAAUCUUGCGCCUGUGCACCUGAGGCCAGAUACUUUACCUGUGAAAGUCCUAUGAAGGUUGCCAACACAAGCUGCUGUUAUGAGGAUUAUGGUAUCAUAAUGCAGACCCAAUUCUGGGAUUUUGACACCAAAUACUUGGCGCAGAUCAAGGGCAAGUCUAACGCUACCUUUGAGCUUGGAUGCCAGGAAGGUAUUGAUGAGUACGAAGAAGAAAACGAAGAAGACUUUGAGGGCUAUCUCCAUUCUUACGGAAAGGGUUCGGUUAACACCAGCGAAGUGUUCACCAUCCAUGGACUCUGGAACGACUUGUGUAACGGAAGCUACAAUCUGUACUGUAACAUGGACUUAGUGAUUCCAGACAGCACCAACCUCACCGGACUCAUUUCGAAGACGUUCGAGCGCCCAGACUUGUACAAAGCUAUGACCAAGUACUGGAUCAAUUCCGGCGGCUCAAAUGUUCUUGGCGACUCUUUGUCUCUCUGGCAACACGAGUACAACAAGCACGGAACCUGUUUCAACACCAUGCAGCCCAAGUGUUUUGUGGGUCCAUACAACAAGUUCCAGGCUGCUCUUGCCUACUAUCAAAAAGUUCUUGAGGUGUGGAACACCUUGCCAACCUACAAGUUUUUGAAAGCUGCUGGAAUCACACCUUCUGUUGAGAAGCCAUACGCAUUGUCAGACAUCGAGCAGGCAUUGAAGGUCUCCCAUGACAACAAAAAGGUAUAUAUUGGCUGUCGUAACGGCACCAUCAACGAGAUUUGGUACUACUACCAGGUCAGAGGUAGUGCUUUGACCGGAGACUACGUUGCAAGAGAUUCGUUGACCAACUCUCUGUGUCCAAAGUACGUUUGGUAUCUUCCAAAAUAG